ACUUUGCAGCUACUUUCGUGAGUGGAGACACUCUCAUAUAAGACGAGGCACACAGGAAACAAAGUGCAAGAAUACAAGUCAUUUUCAUUUGCAAAGGUUGAGUGGUGCAAUAUUUUCCUCACCUCAUGCUAGUGAACAAAGUGAGGGAGAAGAUGUCCAGGCAGGGACCCCUCUGCCUGCUCACCUGCAUGGCAGCCAUGGUGAACAAAGAGAAAUAGAAGAUGUCCAGGCAGGGACCCCUCUGCCUACUCACCUGCAUGGCAGCCAUGGCUGUCUCUUCAAUGGCUUUCAACAUCGAUGAAGCAAACCCAAAAAUCUACAAGGGGGCAGAACAGGAUUUCUUUGGAUACAAAGUCCUGCAAUUCAUAUCUGGCAAGGAGAAAGGGGUAAUGGUCAGUGCGCCACAUCAGAAGAACGGAUCUGGUGGAAUCUGUAGAUGUGCUCAAGACCGAACAAACUGUACAGACUGUUACACUCCUCAAGAAACUGACACAAUCAAGUACAUUGGACUGUCUAUGGCUGGACAAUCUACUUCUCCUCCAACGUUCACUGCCUGCAGCCCUGGCCUGGCACACGAGUGUGAUGGGAACUCCUAUCUGAACAGUAUCUGUUAUCAGUUCAACAGCCAGCUCCACAUCACCUCGAACUUCACACCUGCCUUCCAAGAAUGUACUAAGAAAAUAGUGGACCUCGUUUUCCUCUUUGACGGAUCAGGAAGCAUGACAGCGGAUGAAUUUGAUAAGAACAAAGGUUUCAUAAACAAUAUCAUGACAACCCUAAAAAACUCCUCAAUCAAGUUCGCAGCGGUUCAGUUCUCAACAAACACCAGGACAGUUUUCAACUUCAGAGACUACCAAGAGGAGAGAGCCUUGACUAAACUUUGGGAAGAAAAGCACAUGGCUUAUCUAACCAACACACAUAAGGCAAUAGACUUUGUCUUGAACAACAUUUUUGAAGACCAAGCUGCCGGCGCCACCGCAGAUGCAACUAAAGUACUGGUCAUAAUAACAGAUGGAAAUCCCAGUGAUAAUGAUAGAAGGUUAAACUCUAUCAGAAGAAGUGAUGAGAAAAACAUCAUCCGCUUUGUCAUCGGGGUCAAGAAUGUCGAUUUGACGAAAUUAAAGUCCCUGGCAUCAGAGCCAAAAGAGAACAACACUUUCCUCAUCGAGGACUACAACGGACUAAAAGGAAUCCUUGACAACUUUCAAAAAAAGAUUUUCAACAUUGAAGGUUCCAAGACUGCUCUGGCUGGAAACUUGACUAAGGAGAUGUCUCAGAGUGGGUUCAGUGCUGUCUACGUUGAUAAGGACACCUUGGUUCUGGGCUCAGUGGGAUCAAACAACUGGCGUGGAUCUCUCUUUGAGACUGAGGGUCUGAGAUCAGAGGAAAGGGAAAUUCAGGACCCCACAUUGGACAAAGAUUCCUAUAUGGGAUACUCUGUAGCUGUUGGGAAGAAGAAUGAGAACCUUCUAUAUUUUACCGGAGCACCAAGAUCUGAACACAUUGGACGGAUCCUACUUUUUCACAAGGUUAACAACAACUGGACUGUGGCACAAAAAUUGCCUGGAGAACAGAUGGGCUCCUACUUCGGGGCAGAGCUGUGUUCUGUGGACAUAGACUCAGACGGCAACACAGACUUCCUACUGGUGGGUGCACCAAUGUUUCACAAACCUCCGAAAGAGGGCAGGAUCUACGUCUACACACUGACUGAUAAGCUGGAACUGAGGAUGGAGAUGAAUGUUUCAGUGCUGUCUCAGGGUAGAUUCGGCUCCUCCAUCUCGUCUCUCACAGACCUGAAUGGAGAUGGGCUGAAGGAUGUAGCUGUGGGCGCUCCACUUGAGGAUGAUCACAGGGGGGCCGUGUACAUCUACCUGGGUGAAAAGCUAAAGGGGAUCCGCCCUGAAUUCAGCCAGCGCAUCUCAGCUGUGAUGAUGAGAUCUAAGCUCCAGUUCUUUGGCCAGACGAUUGAUGGGAAGAUGGACCUGGGUGAGGAUGGACUGACUGAUAUCGUUGUAGGAGCGCGUGGCGCAGUUGUUGUCUUGAGGUCCAGACCGGUCCUCAGCAUCUCUGCUCAUCUCCACUUCCAUCCCUCGGAGAUCAGCACUGAUAGAUUUGAUUGUCUGGCAAAAGAGAUCAUUUCCCCCGUGGUCACUUUAACAGCCUGCUUUAACAUGGCAGAGGCAACAAAGAGUAAAGCUGAGGUGCUGAGUGCAGGGAUGAACGUCUCCUACUCGCUGGAUGUGGAUCCAGUGAGACAGAGGAGCCGAGCCUUUUACAGUGACACGAACAAAGGGGCCAGAAGUCUUCUCUCUACAGUGGAGCUGAGAAAGGAGCGGACCUGCUUCAACCACUCAGUCUAUAUGACACAAUGCGUGAUCGACACAUUAUCGCCCAUAAUCAUCCAACUUCAUUUUUCUCAAUCUGAAAGCCAACAAGAGGGUCUUACUGCCAUUCUGAAUACUGCCAGUCCUACACAGGCUGUGGUCGAGGUGCCCUUUGAAAAGAACUGCAAAGAAAAUGAAACAUGUGUGGCAGAGCUUGAGGUGGAUUUCAACUUUAUCACAUCAACUUUAUUAGUGGUGGACCAGAGUUACUUCAACGUGACUAUAAGACUGUCCAAUCAUGGGGAUGACUCCUACAACACCAGUCUAACUCUCCUCUACCCUCCUGGCCUCUCAUUCUCCAUGAUGCAUCUUCUGAAGUCUACAAGGAGAACGGUGUUCAGCUGUGGUGGUCUGGAAGGUGAAAUGGACAGAACUACAUGCAGUGUCAGCCUCCCUGUCUACCGUAGUAAAACUACAGCAGUGUUCACCAGUAAAUUCCAUGUUUUGAAUAAAUACGACUGGAACGACACAAUGGAGAUGACCGUCAUCGGACUGAGUGACAAUGGAAACUCAACCAAUAGUUCCCUUACCAGGACCAUCCCUGUUCAAUUUGCAGUUGACCUGGUAGUAAAAGCCCUUCCCCAAGACUCCACCACAUACAUGAACUUUACUCUGGAGGACACAUCACCUAAAAGACUGGUGAAUGUAUAUGAGGUGCAGAACCUAGGCAUUAUGCCUGUACCCAUCACAGUCACCUUCACUUUCCCAACUAAGCUUGAGCACAAAUUUGAAAUGAAGGACUACCAAAUAUCUGUCUUACAGAACCAUACUCAAUGUGGAAAGAUUAUCAAUUCAACAACAGAGUACCGCUCUCCAGAAAAAUCCAUUGAGUGUGAAAGUUUCCUUUUGGAGAAGUUUUCGACAAUUACAUUUGUGCUGUCUGGAAAUGUUUCCUUCAAGGACCUCGAUCAAGAUGCAAGGAGCUUGUCAUUGCCAAAGAAAUUCACUGGGGAUAGAGAAACAGUCAAUUUCAUCAGUUUUGUGAAACUCAGCUAUGACAAAAAACGAUUUGUCCAGACAGCGAGUGACCCAAGGGAUAACUCUUCAAGCUUCCACCAAACACAGAUUGAUGUUCAGGCUGAGAUCAUCAUUCCUCCCCAUAGAGACCUGAUAAUAGGGACAGGAGUUGGAGUAGGACUCUUCCUCUUGAUCAUCAUCACAAUGGUCAUGUAUAUGCUGGGAUGUUUCAAGAGAAAAAGGCCUGUUGAUAAUGCACAGGAAGAUGAGAAAGAAGGGCAACAGUGUGAGCAAGAGCUACAGCCUGAGAGUGGAGCAAAGGAGUCAAACCUUCUCCUUGACGACAGUCAAACAGAAAACAAUGGCUUCCCCACUAGUGAGGCGGUAGGGGAGGGACCAAAAGAGAAACAGGAUGUGUCAGUCAGAAGCAGGCUAAUGGAGUAGAGAAACUCUUUUCACGCCACUUCCAUAUGGAAGGGACUUUUUAAUAGCAGGUUAGGAGAACUUACACAGCAGGUUAAGAUAAUUAAUGCAGCAGGUUAGAGAAAGGAGUAGAGGUCCAAGCAAAAAAAACUUAGAUACAGAAUAAUUGUUAGAUUAAUUAAUAUAGAGUCUGACCUGACCACAGAACCAUAUAUAUCACUCAAUAUGUGAUUAGGUCUGAAAUACUUUUUCAAAAAUAGAUGUUUCAUGGACAUUUAUGUUUGAUAAAACAUGACCAAAGUGAUUCAGUAUUAUACACGAGUGGUCCCGUGUGGCUCAGUUGGUAGAGCAUUGUGUUUGCAACUCCAGGGUUAUGGGUUUGAUUCCCACAGGGGACCAGUACGGGAAAAAGAAAAUUUAUGAAAUGUAUGCUAAAAUCUAAAUACUGUUUCAAUGUUUAUGUCAAGGUAAAAAAUAUGACUUUGUAUGAUUGCUGUAAUGUCAUUAAUUGAAAUGACUGUGUUCUUGCUAAAGAAAUGUACAUUAUAUGUAAGAUGUAUACUAUAUAUACAAAAGUAUGUGCACACACUUUCUAAUUAGUGGAUUUGGCUACUUCAGCCACACCUGUUGCUGACAGGUGUAUGAAAUUGAACACACAGCCAUGCAAUCUCCAAACAGGGCAGUAGAAUGGCCUUACUGAAGAGCUCAGUAAUUCAUAGCCAUAACAUGAUGCAGUCACCACCAUUUCUUGAAAAUACGACGAGUGGUAGCCAGUGAUGUGUUGUGUUGGAUUUUUUGCAGUAUUUAUUUUGCAGUGCCUUAUUUCAAGCAGAAUGCAUGUUUUGGAAUAUAUUUAUUUAUUCUUCUUUUCACUCUGUACAACAUUGUUGAGUCAUCCUCAAUUCUCUCAUAUCACAACCAUUAAUAACUCCAACUGUUUUAAAAUCACCAUUGCCCUCACGAUGAAAUCCCUGAGCAGUUUCCUUCCUCUCCGGCAACUGGAUGGAUGCCUGUAUCUUUGUAGUGACUGGGUGUAUUGAUACACCAUCCAAAGCCUAAUUAAUAACUUCACCAUACGCAAAGGGAAAUUCAGCGUCUGCUUUAAUCAUUUUUACACAUCUACCAAUCUGUGCCCUUCUUUGCAAGGCAUUGAAAAAUCUCCCUGGUCUUUGUGGUUGAAUCUGUGCUUGAAAUUAACUAAUCAAUAAAGUGGUUUUACAGAUAA